AUGAGAACGAUGUCGGGAGAGGCGGAGCAGAGAACGUGCGACGAGGACUUUUGCUCGGACGAGGAAGCGGACGUGGAGUCUUACCUAGAGGACAACAGUAGCGAGCUUAUGGAUCGGCUGAAGGAGCUAGAGGCAGAAAACUCGGCCCUGAUAUUGGCGAACGAGAGUCAGAGAGAAGCCUACGAGAGAUGCCUGGAUGAGGUGGCCAACCACGUGGUGCAAGCUCUGCUCAAUCAGAAGGAUCUGAGGGAAGAGUGUAUCAAGUUGAAGAUGUUGGUGUUUGACCUGGAGAAACAGAACCGAGCACUUUGUGAGCUAUUUCAACAGAAGCUGCCCCAUCAUCCCACUGCUCACUACCAGGUCCAGGCGGGGCCCCUCCUCGACUACAAUGCAGCGCUGCACAAUGACUCCGCCAAGCAUUUGGAGGCAGCUCAGAGCGAAGCACAAGCCAAGGGGAACGGCUACCGCACCCAGCACUCCUCCCCGGGCCCCCGAGGCCCUGUAGCCUCCAUGGAGGCUCUUUCUCCCUUCUUUAAGAAGAAAGCACACAUCCUCGAAGUACUGCGCAAGAUGGAGGAGACGGACCCUCUCAAGUUCCACCCGGCCACCUCCAGCUUGUCUUUCUGCGACUACAGUCAGGUGCUCGUGUCCACGGAGGCCGUUUUAGCCUCGGCGGACCCGCUACAAUGCAAAUCCCAGCAAACGCACCGCCACUGCUCCCGCUCGGACACCGACGCACUCCGACAUGUCAACGGGGACGGGGCGGCGAUGUGCGAGGGGGGUAACGCGUGUUGUUUACACUGCAAGAGGAGCCCGGAUGCAGCACCGCAAGCACGCGCUGCCCAGAGUGGCGGCGUGCCCGCAUCCUCUUCUGACGAAUGUCAUGCAAAGAGCCAAACGGCGGAAUGUGUCCCGCCCCCUAAACAACGCGGCCAGAAUGACUCUCAUUCAAAAGCGGCAAACGGUGCCGAAGCUGCUAACCAGAGCCAGGAGGGGGCGCAGCAGGAGCAGGAAACCGAAGAGCUCACCGGCUUCUCCCCGGUCCCGCAGGUUCCCGCUUCAGAAGGCGAGGCGGGCGAUGCCGCGCCGCACCACUCGGACGAAUCCUCCUUGGAACCGGAGACGGUGCGGGCGGACGCCUCCGUGAGCCCCAGCCCCUCCUGCCUCAGCGACGUCAAAGCCGCCGCCAUCAACUCGCCAUCCAAACUUCUCAAGUUCCUGAAGAUUCCCUCCAUAGGGGACAAGUGUCAGGCCUCAAAUCCCGUCGUGAGACUGAGCCCCCAACUCACCCGUAGCUCCAGAAUCCCUUGUCGAACGAACACCUACGAGGUGUACCACUCUCCUGUCCCCACCCGUCGAGCCACCACCACGGAGCGGUGCAGGCAGCCGCCACCGCCGCCCACGAGGUCCGAGUCUUACCCUGCCACGCACACGUCCCCUCAACAACCUGAGGACGCCUGCCCCCCGCCUGCUAAAGGCAGCUUCUCCGCAUCCAAAACAAAGACUGUCGCACCCUCCUCCUCCCCCAAAGUAGCAGACAGUGUCCCGUUCUAUGAAAACAUAUGCGAUUUGUCCACCAAACCACAAGCAGAGGAGCCUAUCCACGCUCUGGAGAAAAGAACCACUCUUCCAGCGCCAACAAAAAACAACGUCGGCGAAAGAAAACUGGUGAAAUCCCUCCCCGAAAGCGUCCUAGCUGCGACUGCCCAACAAAAGGUGUCGUCAUCCUCUGCAUCAGAGUCCUCGUCGGAGGACGAAGAGGAUUCCUACAGUUCGGUGUGGGUCAACCACCAGGGCCCGCCCGACUCAACGACUCAGUGCGGAUCCGAGUACUCUCAAAACCGAGAGGAGGCGGGCACGCAGAACUGCGAGGCGACUAGGCCACCGCCCCCGGCCAGAAGAACCGACUCGUCUUCCAUUCCCAAGAGGCCCGCGGCAGUGUCCAAGUCUCAAGCGGAUUCGAGUCACCACGCGUUCAAAGACAGGCUGGCGGCGCUGGGCAAGCUGAGGAGCUCAGAGGACUUACAAGCGGGCUCGAGGCCGGUAGACGUGGCCAACGAGACCGCCGAGGACAGGAGUAAGACGGCUGAGAGGCACGUCGAACUCUAUAAAGAGGAACAGAGACUUUCGAAGUACACGGACUCUUUGGACGGGAAACCUCGAGGUAGCGGCGGAGGUUUGAAGUACCAGGGCGUCUCCCAGCUUUAUGAGCAAGGAGGCAAAUCUCCCGUUUCUUCCGGUCUGGUUAAGCAGGAGCUCUGCGUGAGCUCUAAGACUAAGAUCGGGCUACCGUCGCCGAAUGCGGACGCUCCGCAGGUACUGCGAAACAACAUCAAGUGUCCCGGCUCGCUAUACCUGCCCUACAAUGUGAAACCCGGUACUCAAAGUAGCAUCAGUCCCAACAAAAUCCCUCCAAAAUCACCGUCCAAACCUUGCCAGGGUCCUUCCGUCCACAGACCUAGCAAACUCGCAGACGCCCCGCGGUACUCCUCCAAGUCGGCGGAACGAAGCAAAAUCGUCUGCAAAGGUAAGAAAAACCCCGUGUACGGCGACAGCCUCCCGCCGCCUCCUCCCAGGCCGCCGACGUCCGAAGGGGAAAAAGCGGCGGCGGCGCCCGGGCCCAGCCCGCAGUCGGCCAUCGAACAGAAGGUGAUGAAGGGCAUCGAAGAAAACAUGCUCAAGCUCCAAGAGCAGGACCGCGGGGCGCAACCCAGUGAGGCCAAGCAGAAAGCGUCCAACGGGAUCGCCAGCUGGUUCGGACGCAAGAAAAGCAAGCUUCCCGCACUGAGCCGCAAGACGGACGCCGCCAAAGCCAAAGACGAGAAACGAGAGUGGAAGAUAAACAUCCCGUCGGUGGGGAAAGAGUCGGUGAAGAUGGCCGGCAGGUGUCGAGAAGGAGUGGAAGGCCUGAAUAUCUCCACGUUGAUGGAGAAGGCGGAGGGCCUGCGAAGGGCUCUGGAGGAAGAGAGGGCCUACGUCGAGAGGUCUGGCAGGGGUCACUCGUGCGAGGUGGUGAUGGACCAGGCUCAGGGACAGCUGGCCGUCAUGUAUCGGGGCGGGCGCUCCGACAACUUCAUGCAACAGCUGCUGAACAGAGUGGACGGCAAGGAAGUCGUGAGCGCACCGCAGAGGAGGCUCUCGUUCGACUGCAAGACAUCCAGGCCGCUGUUCGCUCAGCAAAGCGACGUCGUGGUCGGUCACGUUGGCAGCGGGGAUGACGUGGAAAAGGCGUCCCGUCGACUAGGCAAGAUCACUUCGGACGAGAACCUAUCCGAUUCGGUUCACUCGACGCACUUUGCAGAUUCCGGCGCGUCGACGUACACGCUAGACAGCGGCAUCGGCACCUUUCCGCUACCCGACGGGGGCGGCGGGGCAACGGGGCGCGGUCUUUCCAAAGGCAAGGCGGAACCGCGUCCGUUCGCCUCGCCGGGGAGGUCGGGGCGACGAGCCCGCACUUUGGACAGGGACCCCGCGUCGCAGGAGGAGUUCUAUUCGGCGCACAAGCAGUCCACCGCCAACGCGAAUCUGACCUCCAAGAUGGAGGGAAGAAGCUCGGCCGGUGACAUACGAGAAGAUAAUGAGGCGCACAGAGCACACGUGUUCUCCACGCACUCCAAGACGUGGACCUUCCCAAACCUGAAGACUCCAGCGGGACAGGCAGAGGUCUACCUGGCCGUAGAAGAGGAGGGCGAGGAGGUGGUGUCCUUCGCCGCGCCCUUCAGAGCCAGCCUGAAAGCCGGCGGGGCAUCUUCCAGCCGCGUAGCGGAGCCCGGCGGCGCCCCCGCGCCGACCCAGUCGGGAGCCAGCCGGAGGACGAAGGGCCCCCGCGCUCCCGGCGGCGUGACGGAAGUGGGCCGGGACGCCGGCUUGGAGCUGCUCAGGGAACGUCCGGAGGAAGCGCUGUCGCCAGGCCGGCCCCAGGUUCUGGAGACGCCGGAGUCCCUUAGCGACUCGCUCUACGACAGCCUGUCGUCGUGCGGCAGUCAAGGGUGA